AUGUCCAAGUCAUACACCACCGCACAAACGACAGAGGUGUCCAACCCUCGCCUCCGUCUGCUCAAUAAGCUCCGGGCAAAUGAGUACCCCUUGAUGACCUUCGUUGCCAUCCCAUCCGUCAGGCAAGCCCAGAUCGUCGCCCUGACCGGCCUCGACGGCAUCAUCAUCGACUGCGAGCAUGGCCACAUCGGCGACGACGCAAUGCACAACUCUGUAGCCGCCAUCUCUGCCUUGGGCGUCUCCCCCAUCAUCCGCAUUCGCGGCCCAGCACACGACAUCCUCAAGCGCGCGCUCGACACCGGCGCCCACGGCGUCAUGGUCCCUCAGAUCAACACCGCCGAGGAGGCCGAGCAGGUCGUCGCGAGCUCCAAGUUCCCACCCCAGGGUGUCCGCGGCCAGGGAUCUGCCUUCCCUGCCAUCGGCCACGGUCUCACACCCCCCGAGUACAUGAAGUCCGCCAACGAGACCAUCAUCACCAUGGUGCAGAUCGAGACCCGCGCCGGUGUCGAGAACGUCGAUGCAAUCGCUGCCGUCCCCGGUGUCGACCUCGUCUUCAUCGGCCCCAACGAUCUCGCCCAGGCUCUCUUGGGAUACGUCCCUGCGAGGGGCGAUGAGCCCGAGUUCGUGGCUGCCAUCGACAAGAUCGAGAAGGCUGCCAGGAAGCACGGAAAGUGGUUCGGAAGGAUGGUGAACAACGGCUCCGCGGCCAAGGCUGAGAGGUCGAAAUACGACACCGUUGCCAUCACUGGCGACACCAAGGCCAUUCAGAACUGGUACAUCUCUGAGUUCGAGAUCGCCAGGUCAUAGAGUGCGUGUUGUGCUUUUAACGUCACGGUCAUGAU